AUGCGCAAUAAGCCUGCGAAAUAUGGAAUAAAGGUAUUCUGGUGUUGUGACUCAAACAUUUCAUAUCCGUUGAAAGGUGAAGUUUAUGUUGGACGUCAAUCUGGAACGGCCACCCUCGCGAACAAGAAUGGCGUCAAAAAGCUAGUCAAAAGAUUAGUCACACCCUGGAUCAACAAAGGUCGAAGCGUCACUGCGGAUAAUUACUUUACAAGGGCUGAACUUGCCGAAGAUUUACUUGGAGUUCAAACUGCUUUAGCCGGGAAAAUUCGGAAAAACAAACCCGAAAUUCCUCGAGAACUGCAACCCAAUCGUCAACGUCCGGAAAACUCAUCGAUAUUCUGCUUUGAUGGGCUGCUCACACUAGUGAGCUAUGUGCCGAAGAAGUAUAAAGCGGUGAUUCUUCUUUCAUCAAUGCACCACGAAACGAUAGUCAGUGAAGAAACACACAAAAAGCCGGAAAUAAUUCUGUAUUACAACGAGACAAAAGGUGGUGUUGAUCGUAUGGAUCAAAUGGCUCAAACUUAUUCUUGUAAACGAAAAAUCAAUCGGUGGCUUAUGUUCUAUGGAUGA